UUGUCUACAAUCUUUGUUGCAAAGGUGGUCAGGUUUCUAUCCCUCCUUUCAAGGAGCCCCCGCCAUUUCUCCGGGAGCUUCUCCAUUUUGAUGGAACUUCUCGUGCCAAGAAAUUCCUCCGAAAUAUACAUCAAUACAACUGUAUGUUCGCCUUCACCUCGAUGGGUGCUACUAUUGAUCGUUCGCUGAAUGCUUCUCGGGGUCCCAAGGUCUUUAAAAUUAGUGGCCAGGUGUCUCAUCGCAUAGGUUCUCUCUAGCCAAAAGACCCUAACACUCCUAAAUUUGCCGAGCUUUAUAUAUAUGAUCCAGCAAAUGAGGUUGCCCAUAGGAUGCGUGCUUUAAAUCCGGAUGAUAACCCUGUGGACCAAAUAGAUGAGGAUAUAGUGGUUGGCCUGAGAGAUAUGCUUAAUGAGUUCAAUCCAUUGGUACAGAAAUUUAGAGAGGCAAGUAAAAUCAUAGAAGAUAGUGGCGAUGAGCCUAUCGAAGAAAUUUCCAUACGAAUCAUUGGUCCUUCCGAUGGUGAUGGCCCACAGUUCAGUUUGCCCACGUCUGCGAGGCUUGCUGCUUUGAUUGUGGGUGACCUUACUGUUGAAACCUCUGCACGCGAUAUAAUUAUUUCCAGCCAUUCGGAAGGCAUGCAACAAAUCGCUUCUCUUAAACCUGCCUUUAUGCCUUUGCAGUAUCCCUUGCUUUUUCCGCGUGGGGAAAUGGGGUUUCAGAUAGAUGUUCCUUAUAUGUCUGUUCAGCUAGCUGAUGAUAUCGAUGUGCCUGGUAGUACUGGGAAUGUUGGUACGUCUCCUGGUUCAUUGCCAGUUGCCGCUCGUGGUAGUGCACCUACUAAAAAUACACGUAGAAAGAUGACCAUGCAGGAUUACUAUCGUUAUGUAUGCCAUUAUAGAGGUGACCAGCCAAACCCAUUCUUGUGUUAUGGUCUUUUGUCGUCCCAGGCUGUUGUUGAUGCACGAGCUUGCAUUGACGAAAACAGACUAUGGUACAUACUGAGAAACCAAGAUAAACUUAGAUCUGAGCAUAUGCAGGGCAUCACCGAUGCCGUUGGUGGUGGUUGUGUUGAUGGUGCGACUCUAGGUAAAAGGAUUAUCCUGCCUUCGAGCCACACCGGUGGUCAUCGUUACUUUCAGGAGAACUUUCAAGAUGGCCUUGCCAUAUGCCGGGUGCACGGUGCACCUGACAUAUUCACCACUUUCACCUGCAACCCCAAGUGGCCAGAAAUUACACAGACGCUAGAACCAGGACAAAAACCACAUGACAGGGAAGAUAUUGUUAUCAGGGUUAACCACAUGAAGUUGAUUGAGUAUCUCCAUGAUAUUACGUCCGGAAGAGCCUUUGGAAAAGUAAAGGCUGUGCUUUAUACUGUUGAGCACCAGAAGCGGGGACUACCUCAUGCUCACAUACUCAUCUGGCGGAAGGGAGAACAAGGUAUGAUAGGACCUGAUGGCAUAGAUGCAUUUAUUUCUGCUGAGAUACCAGAUCCAUUGGGGGACCCUCUAGGCUAUGCCUUAGUCUCUGAAUUCAUGAUGCACGGUCCGUGUGGUAAAAUGAACGAUAAAUGUGUUUGCAUGAAGAAAGGGUGUUGUUCUAAAUUUUUUCCUAAGGAAUUUAGGGACGAAACAGUCAUAGAUGAAGACGGGUUUGCGUUAUAUCGACGUCGUGACGAAGGUCGUACAAUUUAUAGAUGGGCACUAUCUUGAUAACAGGUGGGUGGUUCCUUAUAAUAUGGCUGUGCUUAAGCGUUUCCAGGGUCAUAUUAAUGUUGAGUGGUGUAACAAAACCCAGGUCAUGAAGUAUUUGUUUAAGUAUGUGACUAAAGGCGCCGAUUACUCGAAAGUCCUAUUAGAGAAGUCAAAGGGUAAGGGUAAAAUUGAUGGGAUAGAAGAUGGAGGGCCGAUGGAUGAGGUCAAAGAGUAUUUACGAUGUCGGUUCAUAUGUGAAUAUGAUGGAUUGUGGCGUAUAUUUGGGUACGCCAUACACUGUAGGUUUCCUUCAGUAGAGAGGCUCCCUAUUCACCUUCCUGGAAUGAAUAUUAUUCGCUUUCGUUCCGAAACAAACCUUAAGAAAAUUGUUGAUUCAGACUUCUUGAAAAAAAAACCAUGCUCACUGAAUGGUUUGUUGCAAAUGCUUUGUAUGAACAUGCUCGAUCUUUAACGUAUUGUGAUUUCCCAACUGAAUGGACAUGGGAUUCCGAAACGAGAUCAUGGCAUGAGAGAGAAGGUUGUAAAAAUAUUGGUCGUGUCUACUAUGUCUAUCCUUCUGUUGGUGAACUGUAUUACCUGCGAAUGCUUCUAAUGAUUGUUAAGGGUUGUAGAUCUUGUGUUGACCUUAGGACCUAUGAAGGGCGUGUUUAUCCUACCUUUAGAGAGGCGUGUGCUGCUCGGGGUUUAUUAGGCGAUGAUAAUGAAUGGUACAUUGCAUUUGAUGAAGCGAUGGUUUGGGGUUUUGGGCACCGGCUUAGGCAUUUGUUUGUGACCAUGCUUAUUCAUUGUACUGUUAAGGAUGAAAUAAACUUCUUUGAACGAUAUUGGGAGAGUAUGGCUGAUGACAUCAAACAUGGGCUAAGAUCCGCUUUAAAUAACAAAUCUUAUGAUCCUCCUGUGUCAAGACUUAGAGACAUACUUCUCGAUGAAUUAGCUGAGCUAUUUGUGAAACGUGGUUCUAACAUAAGUAAAUUUAAUUUGCCACCACGGAUCAGCGACACUGGAUUAUUUAUUGAAAAUCGAUUAAUCCAUGAGGAGUUAUCUUAUGAUGCACCUGCUUUAGCUAAAGAAGCGGUAGUCUUGCUUCAGAACCUGAAUGUUAAUCAAAUUGUUGCUUACAAGGCGAUAUUACAAUGUCUUCAGGCCAAGGAGCCAGGAUUCUUUUUUGUUUCUCGGUAUGGGGGUACCGGGAAAACCUACCUAUGGAAUGCUAUUUGUGCUUUCUUACGGGGUAAAAGGGAGAUAGUUUUAACUGUUGCAUCUUCUGGUAUUGCGUCGCUCUUAUUGCCAGGUGGGAGGACUGCUCAUUCCCGUUUUAAAAUGCCGAUCGAUAAUGAUGAUGAAAUGGUAUGUGAUAUAAAGAGAGGCUCACGCCUGCAUAAACUGUUGGUGACCUCCUUGAUAAUCUGGGAUGAAGCGCUUAUGUCGAAUAGAAGGUGUUUUGAGGCUUUAGAUAGGACCUUGCGUGACGUCCUUUCUACAGAUGACCCUUUACUCUCUGAUGUCCCGUUUGGUGGGAUGGUUGUGGUAUUAGGUGGGGAUCUUAGACAAAUUCUUCUUGUUAUUGAGGGUGGUACCAGGCCUCAGAUAGUUGACGCAACAAUUACCAAUUCUCCGUUGUGGAGAUUUGUCAAAGUGUUGUCCCUUACUGUUAACAUGCGUUUGGCUAUGCCAGAUGCAGAUCCCAGUGUGCAAGAAAGUGUUGCACUAUUUAGUAAAUGGGUCCUCGAUCUUGGAGAGGGUAGAUUACCUACCACGCAUAAAGGGGAUGAAUCUGACCCUUCUUGGAUAGAAAUACAUGAUGAUCUGUUGGUUAAAACAUACGGUGAUCACAUAGGGGCCAUUGUUUCUUCUAUUUACAAUGACUUUGAGUCUAACUAUAUGAAUGCCGCCUAUCUGCAAGGAAGGGCUAUUCUGUCGACUACUAAUGAUUUUGCCGAGGAGAUCAAUACUCAUGUGAUGGUCUUAGUUCCUUCUGUUGGCAAAGAUUACCUGAGUGCCGAUUCUGUAGAUACCUCAGGAGAGGCCGUGCAAGAGGAAAACCUUUUCUACCCUACUGAGUACUUGAAUUCUGUUAAGAUUAUUAAUUUUCCAAAUGAUAGGUUGACUCUUAAAAGGGGUGUUCCUAUCAUGCUUCUCAGAAACCUGAGUCAGGCAAAUGGUCUGUGUAACGGCACGAGACUUAUUGUGAAGGACCUAGCUGAUCGUGUCAUUGAGGCUGUUAUUAUGACUGGUUCGUACGUGGGUGAUAUUGUCUAUAUCCCCCGGAUAGAAUUGACGGCAAAACAAACAAAAUCAUCCUUUGUGCUUCGACGUAGGCAGUUCCCUGUACGUGUGUGCUAUGCUAUGACAAUAAACAAGAGCCAAGGACAAACUUUGUCUGCUAUUGGUCUCUAUCUUAAGAAACCUGUCUUCACGCACGGCCAGUUGUAUGUGGCAGUUUCCCGUGUUACUUCGAGGAAUUCUUUGAAAAUCCUUAUAGAGUGCGAGGAUGGUACAUGUGGCUCCGAGACUAAAAAUGUGGUCUUCCCAGAGAUAUUGCGAUCUGCUGGGAUCCUUCCAUGAUCUGGAUAGGUGAUUCUUAACUAUGUACAGCGGCUGUUUUUGGAGAUACCCAUUGGGUUAGCUAUAUAUAAGUUCGAUGUGUUCUUUGAUCUUUUGUUCAUGCAUGUGGUUGGUGUGGCUGGUCUUUUGUUCGUGUCUACGCCUAUUAUGCUUGGUGUUGUGAAUCUGUUGGAUGAAUCUUUUGUCUCUGUGACUCCUGUAACAAAUUGCCACCUUUGCCUGUGUUACUGGUUUUAGUACUAUUCCUUUGGCCACAAAUGCUAUACUUUUGUUGUUGUGAUUAUGUUACAGAUGGCGAUCGUUGCUUUAGAUGAGCUUGUACAAGGAAAUAGCAACGAUUCAGUCUGUGUGUAUGUCUCACGACUAUGGAACCAUCGUGGAGGCACUGACACUGGUCCGAUCAAGCACACUGACAUGGUUCUUAUGGAUG